UUAAUAUAUAUAAAUCAUGGGGAAUAUGUGUGAGGCAGGUAGUUCACCAACUAGAAUGAGCUCAUUAGAUAAAUUUGAAGUUUAACCUGUAUUUGAUGAAUCUCCUACCAUUUAAAGUGCCUCACCUAAAAGGAGGAAAGUAAAUAGAGAUGAUUUUCUAAAUUUAGGAUUGAUUGGAAAAGUUUAAAUUAUAUACUAUUUUAGGGAGCUUUUGGAUCUGUUUAUAAAAUUAUGAAAAAAGAUAAUGGUUAAAUAUAUGCGAUGAAAGAAUUAAAAAAAUAAACUUUAACAGACCAUAACUUAGAAACAGUCAAUUUUUUAGAAAGGUUUGUAUUGAAAACUAGUGAAUGCCCUUUUAUAGUAAAGUUAAGGUAUGCGUUUCAAACUUCUUCUAGAUGCUACUUUGUAAUGGAGUAAAAUUAUGUAAUAAUAAAAUAGUUAUGUAUCUGGAGGUGAUUUACAUCGAAUUUUAAAAAAAAACGGUGCAUUACCAGAGAAAAUCGUAAAAUUUCUUAUAGCGGAGAUAAUUUUGGCAUUAGAAUAUUUACAUACAUAACUAAAGAUAAUAUAUAGAGACUUGAAACCAGAAAAUAUUUUAUUGACCGAAACGGGACAUAUUAAGCUUACAGAUUUUGGAUUGGCUACAUAUAUAAAAGAUGAACAUACAUAUACUGUAAUAUUAAAAUAUUAUAAUAAAGAUUGCAGGAACACCUGAAUAUUUAGCACCAGAAAUAAUUGCACGUUCUGGUCAUACUUAUGAAGUUGAUUUUUGGACUUUAGGAAUUUUAAUAUAUGAAAUGUUAUCUGGAUAUGCUCCAUUUACAUGUGAAGAUCGUAAUGUAUGUACCAUCUAAAAUGUAAAUUUAUUUUUGAUUAUUUAUAAAGCUUAUUAUGCAGAAUAAACCAAUAUAUUCUCCAAAAAUCUCAAGCAAUGCUCGAAACUUAAUUUCUAGUCUUUUAAGAUUUAAUCCAAAAGAGAGAUUAGGAGCUAAAUCCUUCAAUGAUCUCAAACGCCAUAACUUUUUCUAAAACAUUAAUUUUGAAGCACUCUCUUAAUGUCAAUUAUAAUCUCCUUUAGAGACAGUAGCACAAAAGAGUAAAGUUGAAUAAGAAGAAUCAUUAACUCCUAUUAAAAAUGAGGAUAAACCUCAAAAUAGUAGUCCACCUAAUUGGCAACCUAUUCAUGAUUUUAGUUAUGAUCCCCACCUUGAUAAUGAAAUUAACACGUAAAACGGUUGAAAUAUUUGUGCAUUUUCAAUU